AUGCUUCUCAAGACCGUUGCCGCCGUGGCAUCACUUAUGAUAGCCACGGUGUGCGGCAAGGUUAAGUCGGCGCACUUCGGUUUGAAGGUAGACGGCACCGACAUGUACACGGUCAGCUACGCGCGCUACGACUACGUCCAACUCUCGAUGGAGGAGGGCAAGCCCACGGAAUUCCGGAUCCGCACGCUCGACAAGAAGCCCAUUACCUCCUUCAGAAUCACCCCGCAGAAGCUGCCCAUCAGCGCGAAAGCCCAGGGCAACGAGCUCGUGUUCUCGGUCAAGAAGGCGCAUUACCUCAUCGUCAAGAUCAACGACAAGAAGGAAUUCGUCAUAUUGGCCGACCCCCUGGAGAAAGACGUGCCUAGCCCGUCGGGGAAGAACGUCUUCAACGUGCUCAACUUCGGCGCCGACGCCACCGGGGCCACGGUCACCAAGGGUAUCCAGGCGGCCAUGGACGCGGCGGCGAAGACGCCGGGCAGCGUCGUCUACGUCCCGCCGGGCCUCUACAGCAUGGGGAACCUCCUCCUGCGCAACCGCACGUCGCUGUAUCUCGCGGGCGGGUCGGUGCUGCGCUUCACGGGAAAUCCGGCGGACUACAAGACCCUGUUCAAGAAGUCGGACCUGCACCCGGGCACGUGGUGGAUCCAGACGGAGUUCGACUCGUUCGACAUCAAGGUGUACGGGCGCGGGACGAUCGACGGCAACGGGCGGGCGACGCGCGAGAACAAGUACAUGGCGGACCUGCUGGUGCCGGCGGGGACGACCAACUUCCGGUGCGACGGGGUGCUGGUGCGGGACAGCUCGUUCUGGGCGGUGACGCCGAUCCAGGUGACGGAGGCGACGAUCACGAACAUCAAGAUCCUCAACCGGUUCGACGUGACGCAGGACGACGGGAUCGACGUGAUCGAGUCGACCAAGGUGCGGGUGCGGCGGGCGAUCGCGAUCGGCAAGGACGACAGCUUCUCGACCAAGACGUGGCCGGCGGACACGGGCACGACGGUGCCGUACCCGUACGCGCCGCGGGCGCAGCGCGACGUCUUCUUCGACGACUGCGUCGCGUGGUCGGACACGUACGGGUACAAGCUGGGGCAGGGCGUGCACGAGGACCAGGAGGCGAUCACGUUCCAGAACGGGGUGGUGUACGACGCCGCGGUCGGCUUCGGCAUCGACCACAAGUUCGGCUCGGCGACGGCGCGCCGCAUCGCCUUCAAGAACAUGGACGUCGAGCGCCUCCACGGCAACGCCCACGGCCAGGCCGCCUGGAUGACCGUCUACGUCCAGAACACCGGCCGCGGCGUCGGCCCCGUCCGCGACGUCUGGGUCAAGAACGUCCGCGCCCGCGCCCGCGGCUCCCGCCCCGCCUUCCUCCAGGGCUACAACGCCUCCGCCAUGGUCAGCGGCGUCACCCUCACCAACAUCCGCAUGGGCGCCGACGGCAAGCGCGCCACCUCGCUGAAGGAGAUGAACAUCCUCGAGACCAACUUCUCUGAGAACAUCAAGGUCGUCAACUGA